UGGCUGCGGCGGGCGGAGACGUCAGGCUCCCGCGGCCUCAGCGGCCGCCCGGCUCGGCGCGGCGCAGUCGGUUCGAGCGCCCGCGGCUUGUGAGGAGGUGCCCUCGGCCGUUCCACCUUCUGCCGCCGUCGCCGGGCUGCGCCGCUCGAGCCGGGACGCGCCUCCGCGCUCCUCGCCGCCUCCACCCCCGCGGCAGCCGCUCCCCUCGCCCUCGGCGCGCACACCAUGACGAAGAAAGACAAGAAGUCCUUCCACCAGAGCCUGGCCGAGUGGAAGCUCUUCAUCUACAACCCGACCACCGGAGAGUUCCUGGGGCGCACCGCCAAGAGCUGGGGUUUGAUCUUGCUCUUCUACCUAGUCUUUUAUGGGUUCCUGGCUGCACUCUUCACAUUCACAAUGUGGGUUAUGCUUCAGACUCUGAAUGAUGAAGUUCCAAAAUACCGAGACCAGAUUUCCAGUCCAGGACUUACGGUUUUUCCAAAGCCAGUGACAGCGUUGGAAUAUUCAUUUAGUGUGUCUGAAGAAGAGUCCUAUAAAGGGUAUAUUGAAGACCUUAAGAAGUUUCUAAAGCCAUAUUCUUCGGAAGCACAGAAGAAUCUCAAAAACUGCCCGGAUGAUGUCCUCUUUGAACAGAAGGGCCCAGUUUAUGAAGCAUGUCAGUUUCCUCUUACCUUACUUGAAGCAUGCAGUGGGGAGAAUGAUCCUGACUUCGGCUACUCCCAAGGACACCCUUGUAUUCUUGUGAAAAUGAACAGAAUAAUUGGAUUAAAGCCUCAAGGAAAACCAGCAAUAGAAUGCACUGGUAAUUCUAAGGGUGAAAACACAACAACUCUACCAGUUUAUCCUCCUGAGGGAAACAUAGACUUAAAAUAUUUUCCAUAUUAUGGGAAAAAACUGCAUGCGAGUUAUCUACAGCCAUUAGUUGCUGUCCAGCUCAACUAUACUGCUAGCAGUACCCCAAAAGAAGUAACAGUCGAGUGCAAGAUUGUUGGAUCAAAAAACCUGAAAAACUAUGAUGAUCGUGACAAGUUUUUAGGACGAGUUGCUUUCAAGAUCACAAUGCGUGCAUAGUAGGAGUUAGAAUAUGUCCACAGAGUAAAUGUUGUGUUGUCUGUCUUUAUUUUGCAUCAGCCGGACCUGACAUUCUAGAAUAUGAGACCACCUGAGAGGUGGGUGGUACAUGACGCUGCGGUAACGUUGUAAUGUGCUUCCCAGUCGUAGUGUUCGGUGUCCUCUGAAGUAACUGCCUGUUGCCUCUGCUGCCUUUGGAACCAUUGUACAGUCGUCAGACGGGACUGUGAACACCUGAUUCUGAACAUGUGGGUCUUGUCCUAUUUUUUUAUGUGGUUUAAUUGCCAAGUGUCUAAAGCUUAAUGUGCUGUGCCAUGUAAAUAUUUUAUAGAUUUAACACUGGUUAACUGUCAUAUAUUGAUGCCAACCAAGUUUUAGGGGUAAAAUGGUACCUGACCAACAUGAAGUGACUUUACAGCUGCAAGAAAUGUGUGGGGAGAAGUUCUAUGUGUGAGGAGGAAAAAAAGAAAAUAAAAGCGGAUUUGAAAGGUU